AUGGACGGCGGCCGCCAUGGCCAGGGGUCCUCGGGGAUGGACGCCUCGCUAGGCCGCCGCGCAAAAAUCCAACCUUCAGCUUCAAACGAGGCAUGGGGGAAGAAGGUCGCACCGGCGUGGGAGGAGGUGGGAAGGGAGGGGCAAGGCGACGUGGGCGAGCAAGCAGUGAAAGAAUGGGGUAGCGAGGGACAGAGAUCAGCUACAAUUCCAUCACCUAUCCUUGAACACGCUGCAUCAAUUGAAGCAGAACAGGUCGCUCAGUUGAUCCUGGCCGUGAAACUAAACAUGACAUGCACUUGCACAUGCAUCCAUCUCCUCCUCAACGACCACCAAAAGGGCCUCCAGCCGCUGCCGCCAUCACGCCGUUGGAGCUACAGUUGCUCGCGUAGGGCGCGGGCAGUGAGCUGCGGUGGCUCGCGGAGGCAUCAGGGAGGUGAGGGAGAUCUGAGCCGGCGCGUGCUGACUGCUGACAUGAACGAGUACCGACGACAAGCUGUGGGGGCUCGCGCAGGCAUCAGCGAGGCGACGGAUUUGUGUCCUGCUCGGGAAGACGAGCCGCUGGAUCCGGUCGGCAACAUCAUCCUCAACACCAUCUGGUAUAGCCGAGCCUACCCUCCAGCGAAGAAUGUCGAGAUAUCGGCGAUUAGCACCAGAGGCCUUCUGCGGAUCGCUGUCCGAUCCUUAUAUGGUCUUGUUUCCUUUCUCUGCACCCGGUGUGCCGCGACACACCUCACACCUGAUGAAGCAAUUCGACGACUGCAGGCUGUCGGUGCUGAUCUCCGACUCGCUGAUCCAAACCUCCUAGUUGAUGAUGAUAAGAAUGAUGAUGAUAUGGUGGUAUCUGCCACUGUCGAACAAGCCUACACUGCUGCGGCUGCAGCAGCUCGACACCCUGAGCCUCAUGACCAGGUAGAGCUUCUCAGGCCGUCUAAUUCAGUGUCGCGGAUGGCCUCCGACCGUCUCAAGGGUGAUGCCGUGCUCUCCCAUGAGGAUGCUGAGCACCUCCCUGAAUACUUGAUGUAUUCCUGCAUGUUAUCAGAACACCAGCAGCAGCCAGAAACAAAGAUCAAGGUUCUAGACCGGUGGGCUCACAUAAGGGUGCAACAUCGGAUUAACAAGUUCUGGGACCAGCAUGCUAGGCUCGUCGGAAUGGCGAAAUCUGCAAUGGACUCAUACAGCAAUGAACUCGGGGUACCAAGUUACAAGCUUCAUGUUAUCUGCGGUGCCAAUGAGUAUGUUGAUGGUCCUGUGUGCACAAGGCCUGGCAAAGGCUACUACCGUUGCUCCCACAUCAACUUCCUUGCUGCCCAAUCUGCUGCUACACCUCCGACGCUCUUCUUUGCUGAAUGUGCCAAUGAUGGCACAGAUGUGCGCUUGUGCUGCCCUGUGCGUGUGCUGCCUCCAGGCACUGAACAAGUCCGUUGCAUGUACUGUGAGUACCAUGGGAGUAGGAUUGUACACCCAACAAGGGUGAGCUUCCGUGGGCGCAACAUCGAGUUUGAGAAGAUGCUGUGUGGAGAAGGAGUGUAUUCAAAGUCAUUCACCAACAAUGGGAUCAUCGCACACAGCCGCGAGGCAAGUGGCUGUGUAGGUGCUGUGGUUGACGACUGCAUCUACGACGUCUACCGACGUGACGAUACACCUAUAAAGGCAGAGGACUUUGUACGUAUGUCAGAUGCUAAUGUGGUGUUUGACUGAUUGAAGAGCUCGUGCCAUUUGCCAAUGCAAGCAGCAAAGGUGAGUUGCAUGAAUGAUAGAUGCCAGCCUUUGUAUUUGCUAGCUAGCUAGAGAGACAGAGAGAAAUUUAACCACCACUUUACUUAGUGCCAUGCAAAAUGUUUCUUGCAGUUCAUCAAGGGAUGCCUUGUGUUGUUUUCGUAUCAGGGUUCCCGCUUCUUUGCUGAGAUAUUGGUCCAAGAAAGAUGCAUGGGUCUUUUGCUGUCAUGCAAACUUUAUGUUA